UCUACUUGCUCUAGUUGAUCGUUGAUCGGUUGGUUGAUCCAUAUUCAACACGGAGUUGGUUGGAAUGGAUGCAGUUUUUUUUUUGUGUAGUGAACAGAGAACAGCAGAACCCGAAUUGAAUGACAUGGUUGCCUACCUCAGUACAACGUUGGCAAAUCAACUUUCUCAAUAAUUUCAAGCCACGUGCUAGAAAAUUAGCAGAAUAUUAAUUAACAAUUUUACUGAUUAUUGUUUUCAAAACUUGGUAUUCGAAAAUAAUUAAUAAAAUAAGCAACAAUUAAAAAUCCAAUUACAAAAAAAAUCAAAAAGUCUCUCUGUGAAAUUCAUCAAAGUGCUUAUUUUUGUGUGAAAAUAAUUCGAAUUUCCCGCCUGUCGAUUCGUUAUCGAUCGUCCUUUUUCCCGUAUAGUUGCAACGCUGCAGACAAGGAGCGAAACAUUCCAUUCCUAGUUACUUUUUGAGAAGGCGACCCCACGACAUCCCACACACAUUUGAAAAAAAAUUCUUUGUGACUAGUGAGGUGCUUUUUGUAAAACAGUAAAAAUAAAUUUUUGUAUGAGUCAGAAGGUAGAAAAACCAGUUUUAUCCGGUCAACGCAUCAAGACCAGAAAAAGAGAUGAAAAAGAGAGGUAUGAUCCAUUCGGGUUUAGGGAUGCAAUAAUCUCUGGACUGGAUAAAUGUGCCAACGAUUUUGAAGCAAUCUCACGCUACUUGGACGGUGCCGGAAACAAACUUGACUACCGUCGCUAUGGAGAGGCCCUAUUCGAUAUUCUCAUCGCUGGAGGCAUUCUCGUUCCGGGGGGUACUUUGUCCCAGGAAGGCGAUGGCCCGCACCAGACGGACGCCUGUAUUUUUAAUGCCUCAGACGAGGUCAAUAUGGAAGAAAUGAAGAACUGGGAACAGGUGUUUAUCAAGUUGAUGCGCCGUUAUAAGUACCUCGAAAAAAUUUUCCAAGAUGAAAUAAAGAAGAUUUUGAUGUUUGUUAAGUAUUUUAAGGAGACUGAUCGUAAAAAGUUAGCAGCAAUGCUCUCAUUAUGGAUUUCGAAUGGUAGCGUUCCAUUUCAAAGCGUACUUGUCCUGAACAAUUCUCAUUUAAUCAAAGAUCACUUGGCGCUCGAUUUCCUGAUCAACAUAUUCAAAUAUUGGCGUACAGAAAGGGGCGCCAAUUCUCUAAGCUCUGCUGUCAAAAAAGCAAACUUGGAGCAGUACUUUUCCACAUUUAUACCCGACACGAAACAGUCUCACGUUUAUUUCAAGACUGCUUUUCAAGAAAACGGGCUGGACGAAGUCCUUAAGCUGUACGAGGAUCAGCACCAGCAGGCGGCCAAAAAAGAGCUGCAAAUUACUCUGGCCGAGGCCUUAUCAGAAAAUAAACCCCAGCGCGAGUUGAUUGCUGAAAUCAAGGAAAUUGCUUUGAGGGACAAUAUACAGGAGCAUGAAACUGUUUGCAUCAUUUGGACUACUGUAAUGGACAUACCAGAAUGGUCCAAAAAAGAGGAAUUAGUAACAGAUCAGGCUGUCCGUCAUUUGAACCACUAUACAGUCUUGUUCCAGGCCUUUGCUACAGGACAACGUGCCGAAUUGUCUCUUCUCCUCAAAGUACAAGAAUACUGUUACUCAAAUAUGACUUUUAUGCGCGCCUUUCAAAAAAUCGUCAUGUUGUUCUACAAAAACGACGUCAUUUCCGAACAAACUAUUCUCAAAUGGUAUAAACAGGACUUUAACGUUAAGGGUAAAAUGAUGUUUGUAGAUCAAAUGAGGCCGUUUAUGGAGUGGCUCCAGAAUGCCGAGGUGGAGAGCGAUUCUGAGGCAGAAAGCGACUAAAGGCCCGAGAUCAUCAUCAGCAAGAUUGUAUAACUUUAGUGCCACCGAAAUACAUUUUUUCCAAUGCAAUUUACCCAUUUAAUGUAAAAAAUAUUAAAACAUUCUGGUGCCUUACUGUGUUUAAUGUGCUGCGUUCACAGGCAAAUAGUGACCAGGUGAAAUUGUUGUGUGUAUCCUCUUCUGUUUUGUUGCAUUGGAAAAAAUGAUUUCGUAUCAAAAUCUCUUAAAACGCCAAUAAAAAUUUUUAAAAAAUAGGAAAACCCAUGUUAUAUAUUAUAAUGAUUAAAUGAUUUACGG